AUGACGACCAGCUUAGGAGAGGCGAAUGGCGCUCUGUCCCACCCAACUUCCGGGCCGACGCUAGAGACCAUCAAACUCCCACGCGGGGGCGUAGUAGCUUGCACGUCUAUCGGCCCCGUGCAGCUCGGAAUGCCGCCCGAAACCAUCAAGGAUUCCAUGAAGCUCGGUCUACCCGUACCACGGCACUACAUAGUGCCUUCCGAGCCAUUCACGAGGACGCUGGGCGCCAACAUGGGCGUGAACGUUGCCGAGUUCGAGUUCCCGGCCUACUGCAACUUUUUCUUCAAGCGGCAGUGCGUGAACCUUAUCGUGGCGUCGGCGGAUGUCGAAACUCGCAUUCGCCAGGUCUUCCAGGAGACGCUCUUUGGACCAGUGGAGCUCGAUUUAAGCAAUGACUUCCCUCAGUCCACGCCGCCUGAGCAGUUCCCUGAUCUAAGAAAGGAGCUCGAGUACUUUCGAAAUGUGACUCUGGAGGACGCUGUCGAGUUGCCGCCGCCCCCUGCUAGUGUGACGACCCCGCAUCUCGACUCCUUUUACCCUCCUGCUUUCGGCGUCACAGUGUUGGGCAAUUCUCACGGCUUCGACCCGAACGGCAAAACGUCUGGCUACGUGCUGUGGAUUAACCACCGCGGCAUCAUGAUCGACCCACCUCCAUUCUCGUCGUCGAUUCUGAGUGCGAACAACAUACCCGCGCUCAUGAUCGACGGGGUGAUCCUCACUCACUGUCACGCCGACCACGACGCAGGCACCUUUCAGAAGAUUCUGCAGGAAGGCCGCGUGGCUCUGAUCACCACCGACACGAUCUAUCGCUCGUUCCUGCGCAAGUACUCGGCGCUCUCGGGCUUUGAACCGAGCUUCCUCGAGCGAGUACUGGACCACCGCCUCGUGCGCAUCAACGACGUGACUCAGAUCCGAGGUGCCGAGUUCCGAUUCUUCUACUCGCUGCACUCCAUCCCGUGCGUCGGCUUCGAGGUCACGUACGGAGACAAGAAGAUCGCCUUCUCCGGUGACCACCUCAACGAUGUGGAGAAGAUCCUCCAGCUCGAAAGUGAGGGGGUUCUCUCCCCCUCCAGAGCGCAGGAACUGCUCAACUUCCCGUGGCAUUGCGACGCCAUUCUGCACGAAGCAGGGGUGCCACCGAUUCACACGCCGCUCAAGACUCUCAUGGCACUAGACGAGGACAUUCGGAAAAAGGUCUAUGUGGUACAUACAGCAGCCAAAGACCUUCCUGAUAACUGCGGCCUGCGCGGUGCCCCCGAGGGGGUGCACAACACCAUAACUCUGGACGUGCCUCGACUACCAGAACAUGCGGGGGCGCUGGAAAUCCUAGAUCUCGUACGGAAAGUCGACUUGUUUGCGGAGCUCACGCUGAACCACGCGUACGAGAUCCUGCAGAUGGCUCGCAAAGUCGAGUACGCCAAGGGCGAGAUCGUGAGCAAGACGGGCAGCGUGGGCGACACCUUCUACAUUAUCAUCGUCGGGGAGGCACAAGCAGUGCACAGCAAAGACUCGCAUCACCAGGACGGGGCGCCCAACGCCGAUCCGCCUUCCUUAGCUCACUCGCCGUCGCAAGAAAACAUCGCUGUCCCCAAGCCACUAGCGCGCGGGCGCGAUAGCUGCACCCGCCGUAGGUUAUCGAUGCUGUCGCUUGCCAAACAGUACCGGCCAGGCGACUACUUCGACCUCCAGUCGCUCUUGACCCCCAACUGGCUGCUGCCGUACGAUAUGAUCGCGAGUACCAAGCUGUCGCUGCUCGAAUUCAACGCGCUCGACUUCAACUGGUUCUUGCGGCGGACGUCCUCGUUCGAGCGCAUCCAGCAACUGGCCCAGAGCCGGCUCUACUUCUCGUACGACAUCGUGGAGAGCAACCAGGUCUUCCGACGCCUGACGCAGGCCCAGCGCACGGCACUGGAGAUCAUCCUGCGGCCACGCGACGUGACGGAGGGGCAGGUGCUCUGGAGCAUUGGCAACAGGUGCUCCAGCGCCGUCAUCGUCGACAAGGGACACUUCCUGCUGAAGAUCGCCCCCUCUGCAGGCACCACGAACGGCCCGUCCCCCAUCCGGAACGCGUCUAGCGCCGGACCCUCGCGAUCAAGACCCAACUCCCCCGGCCAGACCCUAUCGCUCAUCGCUCGGAAAUCCCUCAACCGCAUAAUCCCCAUGGACCUGAGCCUCAUGAGCAGCGCCGCAGCAGGCGGCAACAAGGCCGAGGCCCUGCAGGAAGUGAUGCUCAGCCACGGCGGCUUCGCAGGCGACGUGGACCGACUCACGUGCACGGAGGACACGACCCACGCGACGUCGCUCGUGUGCACCCACGCCGGAUCCGUGUUCGUCAUCCAGAAGCACGACCUGCAGGUCUUCCUGCUCGAGAACCCGGGCCUGCUCCUGAGUCUCAGCGGCAAAGUGUUCGCCAGCUAG